AUGGGCAAGAAUGUUAAAGGCCAAGGUACACACACCCAGAUGGUCCAGGUGAAUGACUCCAUGUACGGCUUCAUUGGCACCGAUGUAGUCCUGCACUGCAGCUUUGCCAACCCACUGCCCAGUGUGAAGAUUACUCAGGUCACAUGGCAGAAGGCCACCAAUGGCUCUAAGCAGAACGUGGCCAUCUACAAUCCAGCCUUGGGUAUCUCUGUGCUCCCUCCCUACCAAAAACGUGUGGAGUUCUUGCAGCCCUCCUUCACCGACGGUACCAUACGCCUCUCUCGCCUGGAGCUGGAGGACGAGGGUGUCUACAUCUGCGAGUUUGCCACCUUCCCAAAGGGCAAUCGUGAGAGCCAGCUCAAUCUCACUGUCAUGGCCAAACCCACAAACUGGAUUGAGGGCACCCAAGCAGUCCUUCGAGCCAGGAAGGGGCAGGAGCACAAGGUCUUGGUGGCCACCUGCACCUCAGCCAAUGGGAAGCCUCCCAGUUUGGUGACCUGGGAAACACGGCUAAAGGGUGAGGCUGAGUACCAAGAGAUCCGGAACCCCAACGGCACAGUAACCGUCAUCAGCCGUUACCGCCUGGUGCCCAGCCGGGAAGCCCACAAGCAGUCACUGGCCUGCAUCGUCAACUACCACAUGGACCGCUUCAGGGAGAGUCUAACCCUCAAUGUGCAGUAUGAGCCUGAGGUGACCAUUGAGGGGUUUGACGGGAAUUGGUACCUGCAGCGGAUGGACGUGAAACUCACGUGCAGAGCAGAUGCCAACCCCCCAGCCACCGAGUACCACUGGACCACGCUGAAUGGCUCUCUUCCCAAGGGUGUGGAGGCUCAGAACAGAACCCUCUUCUUCAGGGGGCCGAUCAACUAUAGCCUGGCAGGGACCUACGUCUGCGAGGCCACCAACCCCAUCGGCACUCGCUCAGGCCAGGUGGAGGUUAAUAUCACAGAAUUCCCCUACACCCCGUCUCCUCCCGAACACGGGCGGCGCGCCGGGCCUGUGCCCACGGCCAUCAUUGGGGGCGUGGUGGGGAGCGUCCUGCUGGUGCUGAUUGUGGUCGGCGGGAUCGUGGUCGCCCUGCGCAGGCGCCGCCACACCUUCAAGGGCGACUACAGCACCAAGAAGCAUGUGUAUGGCAAUGGCUACAGCAAGGCAGGCAUUCCCCAGCACCACCCACCCAUGGCCCAGAACCUGCAAUACCCUGAUGACUCUGAUGAUGAGAAGAAGGCUGGCCCGCUGGGGGGAAGCAGCUACGAAGAAGAAGAGGAAGAGGAGGGUGGUGGUGGAGGCGAGCGCAAGGUGGGAGGCCCCCACCCGAAGUACGACGAGGAUGCCAAACGGCCCUACUUCACGGUGGAUGAGGCAGAGGCCCGUCAGGAUGGCUAUGGGGACCGGACUCUGGGCUACCAGUACGACCCUGAGCAGCUGGACUUGGCUGAGAACAUGGUUUCUCAGAACGACGGGUCUUUCAUUUCCAAAAAGGAGUGGUACGUGUAG